CUCUGCCGUGCUGCAGCCUUGUGACGUCAAGGAAGGCUCUAGCGCUUCCUCCUUGCUCCGUGGCGGCCAAGGGAGGGAAAAUGAACACAAGAAGAUUGACAUUCCGAGGCAGUGACAGUGGCAUGAAAAGACCAAGCGAGAGUUGCCAUGAUGUGAACUUCUAAGAUCUGUCCUCACCCUGCUGAUUGACGGCUGCUGUUGUGACCAUGAGAGCAUCCGAUGGGUUCUUAACCCGCCGGCGCCACCGUCCGGUUGCGUGAGCGCCGUCCAACUCUCCCCCCGCAGAUCUCGCACGGCAUGGCCUCUCUGGACCUGCCGUAUCGCUGUCCUCGCUGUGGGGAGCACAAGCGCUUCCGAAGCCUGUCGUCCCUGCGUGCCCACCUGGAGUACAACCACACGUACGAGACCCUCUACGUCCUCUCCAAGUCCAACAGCAUUUGCGACGCCGCCGCCCUGCUGCCCCUCGUGACGGAGGGAGCCCUCCUGCCGCCUCCCAACGAUAACGACCCCUUUGAGCCGCUGCAGCCGUCGGCAUUGAAAGAGCGGCGCUUCCCCUGUCGCGAGCUUCCGUGCGUGGACGACCUGAGUUUGACGCCGGCGGGCUCCAACACUUCGGCCAGGUACAUCCCCAAUGUGGAGUUUCCUCUGGGGGAGAUUUUGAUGAAGACGGCCAUGACAUCCACAGACCCCGGCCCCUAUGGGAACCCCAGUACAGCCGUGGCCGUAGCAGCUAACGUCGCCGCCAGCGCAGUGGAGGCGGCAUAUGAAGAAGGCCUGGCCAGAUUGAAGGCGCGUGCCUUUGAGCGUCUCGAGCUGGAUGAAAGGAUGGAGAAGCUUUCUGAAGAGGUGGAGCAGAAAAUAGCGGCCCGCGUAGGCCGUCUACAGGCCGAGCUGGAGAGAAAGAGCUCCGAACUGGAGAGGGCCAAGCACGAGAGCGAGCGGCUCAGCCAGGAGAAACAAGAGCUUGAGGACAAGGCCUUGGAGCUCUCCCGGCAGGUGGACGUCUCGGUGGAAAUGCUGGCCAACCUGAAACAGGACCUGGUCAACAAGGAGGCGGAGCUCAACCACAAGCAGCAGGAGGUGGCCCAGAUCGACCAGUUCCUGCAGGAGACUGCAGCGCGCGAGGCCAACGCCAAAGUUCGCCUGCAGCAGUUCAUCGAGGAGCUGCUGGACCGAGCCGACCGCGCCGAAAAGCAGCUGCAAAUCAUCAGCAGCUGCGGCACCACGCCCAACGGAAGCCUGGGACGCUGCAGUCUUCAAGGCAAGGGCAACGGAUGCCAGAGAAACUCCAGCAUCUCUGGAAGCACAAGAGGCAUCUACCAAGCAUCUGAAAGACGCUCCUCCCCGAGUACAGGCGCAUCGGGUCGCAUCAAGUCGGUCUCACAAGGUUCCGGCGGAUACGACAGCGACGGCGUGGAGAUGCACCCCAUGGAGGAGUGCCCCGAGGCUCAGUACUACCACAUGCAGUGCCGCCUGAAUGAGGUGGCUUACGAGCGCUCCCCCGGAUGCGGCGGAGGAGGGAGGAACUGGGGUCUCCGCAAACAGGCCAUCCAGAACUGGCAGCGGCGGCCUUACAGGAACAGCACCGAGGGCGAGGAAGGAGACUUGUCCGACGUGGGCUCUCGGACAACUGAAUCCGAAGUGGACAUGUGGGAGCAGGAGAGGAGGGCAGUGGCGGAAGUGCAGCAGUCGUGCUCCCCCUAUCCUUACCACGGUAGGGCUGGAUAUCGAGCGAACACAGGGCGAUGUGAAGGCGUUUACAGCAAACCAUGUCGCCACGAGAAGAGCCCUUCUAAAUCCAAUGAGGUGAUCAGUCCGGAGAUCCUGAAGAUGCGCGCCGGUUUGUUUUGCAUCUUCACCUACUUGGAUACCAAAACGUUGCUGAGAGCUGCGGAGGUCUGCCGAGACUGGAAGUUCGUGGCCCGCCACCCGGCCGUAUGGACGCGAGUCUUGCUGGAGAACGCACGCAUUUCCUCCAAGUUGCUGGGAACGUUGUCGCAGUGGUGCACUCAGACGCACUCGCUCAUCCUGCAGAACCUCAAACCGCGACAGCGCGGCAAGAAGGAAACCAAAGAGGAGUACCUGAAAAGCACACGUGGGUGUCUGGAGGAGGGUCUGGAGGCGCUGCUGAAAGCCACGGGAAGUAACCUGCUCAUUCUCAAGAUCUCGCAUUGUCCUAACCUGCUAACCGACCGCUCCCUCUGGCUGGCCAGCUGCUACUGCCGAGCUCUGCAAGCCGUCACCUACAGGAGUGCCACAGACCCAGUUGGCCAGGAGGUCAUCUGGGCCCUCGGAGCCGGCUGUAGAGACAUUAUCUCCCUGCAGGUGGCACCACUACACCCAUGCCAACAGCCGGCUCGUUUUAGCAACAGAUGCCUGCAGACCAUCGGCAGAUGCUGGCCACAUCUCCGUGCGCUCGGCGUCGGGGGAGCAGGAUGUGGAAUUCAGGGCCUGGCCUCACUGGCAAGGAACUGUAUGCGCCUUCAAGUGCUGGAGUUGGACCAUGUGAGUGAAAUCAACCAGGAGGUGGCAGCAGAGGUCUGUAGAGAAGGUUUAAAGGGCCUGGAGAUGCUGGUGCUCACCUCCACGCCAGUCACCCCCAAAGCUCUGCUCCACUUCAACAGUGUGUGCCGCAACCUGAAGUCCAUCGUGGUGCAGAUUGGUAUCGAAGACUACUUUGAGGACCCCAACAGCCCCGAAGCCAGGAAACUGUUUGAUGAGAUGGUGAACAAGCUCCAGGCACUGAAAAAAAGACCCGGCUUCUCCAAAAUCCUCCACGUGAAAGCGGACAGUCUGUGCUAACAUCAUUUCAUGCCGAUUGUGUUGAGAGACGCCGCCACCGCCCACUAUGGCGGCGCCAUUCAAGUAAAAAAAAGAAAAAGAAAAAAGACGCUGCUCUGUGCGCGCGCGUGUGUGUAAAAGAGUAAGUGAACACAUCCCGGCUGCAACGGGUGUAACACUGGGCCACCUUGAUGAACAUGUACUAAGGCUCAAUGUGCACAUUGACGCAUGAGGAGACACUUGUUGUUUGUUGCAAGAGGGGGGGGGGGCGUCAUCUGCUGCGCUGCUCUGAUGGUUGUGACUUGAUGUGGUCUCAUGGCGGGAUCCGGAUGACAUUUAUUUCAAAUGGAGAAAAAAAAAAGCACUGAUUCAUUCUUUUAUGGAUCACGUUGCUUGUUGAAGUGGGAUCUCAUUGUCAAAAUACUCACAACUGACGUGGACCCGAGGGGGGAAUAUUUCAUGUCCUUCUAGUUUGGCCGGCUCCUACCGCAAGUGUCGUCACGGUGUUAAUUCAUUCUUCCGGGUGGAGCCUUCUGAUGGAUUUUUUUUUUAGUCAUCACAAUCGGAUGGCAGGAUUCCUAACGACACAGAGCGCCGUAAGUUUGAUAUUGAUGGCCCCGAACGGUUUUUCAAACCAACACGACACUCCUACUGCAUUAACGUAGCUUUGUGAUGGACUACGACGCGUGCCAAAGUGUGUACGAAUUCGGGUUACGUCGCCAAAAUAGUCUUAAAUUGUGGAAGCCCCUUGUGCAAUGGCCGAAGAGAUUGUGUGAAUGCUGAGAGAUGCCAAAGAAAUGGGGAAGUCAAUGUAGGUUAAUGCAUUACAGGAUACCGUCGCCAUUCCGAUGAUGGAAGGGCAUUUCGUUACAUUUUCUUGAUCAAAAUUAAUGAUCAAUUGAAGAGAAACUUUGCAAUUAAAGAAAAACACCUUUUCUCAUAUUUGUUAAAGCACAUGACUGAAAUAUUUUUGGGAGGGUACGGGGGGGGGGGGGGUGUUAAAUCUUUGGCUUCGUCUUGUACAUCCAUGGAUAUUUUCUUUUCAACACAGCGCCCAAAGAAAAUCAACCAAUCAGAGACAAUGUGUGAGUUCUGAAUCAUUUGCUGUGCACUCGCAAACAAAACAUCCGAUUAUUGGCAGGUAGCCUUGCUCCCAGAGUCAGCUAAUGACAGCACGCAGAAUAAGAAAACUGAUAGCUGGAUAUGAUCGUUAAAAAAAAAAAUCGGAAUGUUUGAAUAAGUGAGUGUUUGUCAGCAUUGCCACAAAAAGCACCUUUCUAAUCGUACUUAUUUUACUUUUCACUGGUGCCCAGUUCUCCACUGCACAAAAGUGUGUGUGUGUGUGUGUGUCUCUCUCUCUCUCUCUCUCUCUCUCUCUCUCUCUCUCUCUCUCUCUCUCUCUCUCUCUCUCUCUCUCUCUCUCUCUCUCUCUCUCUCUCUCUCUCUCUCUCAAUGUAUGUUAACUCAUUCACUCCCAGAGACGUUCUUAAACGUCUUUUCAGACUUGGUGCAGAAUUGGCUAGUCCUGAAUGAGUUAAAAUGUGUGUGUACUGCUGAUAUGUCUACACUGCUCUGUACACACACACACACACACACACACACACACACACACACACACGUAGCGCCCUGUAUUGACGAGCAGCUUCUGGAUGUUCUGAUAAAUCUGGCUAAGUGCAAUAAUGCCCUGCUGCCUGUAUGUAAAAAAGUUUAAAUUUGAGCCCUUUCCAGAUUCAUUUCUUCACUUCACAUAAACAUCACAACAAGUACAGUCCAUUUUUUGUUUGUUUGUUUGCUUUUGUUUUCUGGAAAAAUUUGAUUAAAUGACUUUGGCCAAUAUUCUCGGACGGUGGCGAUACGGAAGCCUGGUCGUACCUGCUUCUGCCAUUGGAAAAGCUCCAACAGCAAGUACCGGUAGAGUUGUGGUGAGCCGAGUGGGUACCAUGCAAUGGAAAAGUGGCAAGAGAAUGCGAUUGAGCUUGUAGGC